AAAAAAAGAAGCAAGGGACAGCCUUUUCCUUUUUCUUUUCAACUUUUCUUUUGUUUUCUUGCUACUAAUCAACACCUCCAUCUCGGGAGCUUUUCAAGAUUCCAAUUUUCUUCACUUCUUGGAGAGCUAGUUGCUUUUGUCGUUCUGUGGAAGUGAGAGCUCAGUCUACUGAUGUGAAUUUUUGAGAUUGGCAAUUUGGGUUUUGCCUUUUGGAGGAUUUUAAACUCUGGGUUUUCCUCAUUUCUUGUUUAAGUUUGGGUUUUUAGAGGUUGUUGGAGUACGGAAUUGACUUGAUUGGGUUUUAUUUCUUUUGCCUGAGACUGACUUGUUGAGACAUUUUCUAUUGCCAAUUUUUUGGAGUUUUAUUUUUAUUUUAGCUACGGAAGUUUUAAUACACGUUUGUAAGGCUUGAAUUUUGGCAUUUUGUGUUGUGGAAAAGAUGAGUGAUUAGUGGAUUCUCCAUAGGAGACUCGAAUUUUAUAAAUGGAUAUGAAAGUGUAGGGAAUAUAUUAGGCUUGAUCAUUUAUAGAAAUAUGACUUCAGUUUUACCUUCUGUAAUUCCACCAACUUCUAAUGAUAUCCCACCGCCACCGUCGUCUCCUACCUUGUCCUCUAAUUCCUCAACCACUUCGCCUUCCCCUACUUCAUCUCAGCCUAAUCAAACUACUGAUCCCCCACCAUCACCCUCAAAUUCCUCAACUCCACCCCUUGAAUCCUCUUCAGCUGUCCCUACAGCUCCUCCUCCAUCACCACCUCUGUCUCCACCACCGGCAUUGACCCCACCACCAGUUUUGCCUCCACCAUCGACCCCAGCUUCACCUCCUCCGUCCCCUCCAGCUUCCCCACCUCCAUCACUGCCGACAUCUCCGCCACCUUCAGCUCCUGAUGCUCCUCCGCCCUCCGAUAAUUCACCACCCUCUCCGGUUUUAUCUCCACCAACACAAUCCAGUGCUUCUCCUCCUCCACAAGCUGCACAGCCACCUCCUGUUGCAGCUUCACCUCCACCUGCUGUCAUUUUAAGUUCACCACCACCCCCUGAUAAUGUUCCAACACCGCCUGCCUCAAAGUCUCCACCUUCACCAUUAGCAACACCACCACCGGAAAGCUCUUCCUCGCCUCCUAGGCUUACACCUCCACCACCCAGUUCUAAGACUGCUCCCGCUCCUGCCACAACUUCUCCCUCAACACCCACAUUAUCAUCCCCUCCUCCUUCAGUUCCAUCUACCUCCUCACCACCUACAAUUUCAUCUCCGGAAACCCCAAAUACUACUGGAAGUCCUAGUUCAUUGCCCUCAAUUCCAACCGAGAAACCAACUGCAAGGCCAACUAAUGGUACCAAUGGAUCUGAAAAUGCGGCAUCCUCUGGUAAGAGUGGUUUAGGCACAGGAGGGUCUGUGGCAAUCGGCAUUGGUGUUGGGUUUAUAGUGCUCAGUCUUCUUGUGAUGGCUGUGUGGUUUGCAAAAAAACGAAAAAGGAAGAGUGCUGGAACGAAAAUUGGGUAUGCCAUGCCUUCUCCAUUUGCCUCUUCUCAAAAUUCAGAUUCAGCCUUUUUGAGGCCCCAGUCUCCACUUAAACUGGUGGUAGGAAGUGGUUCUAGUGGUGGUUUUUAUUCACCGUCAGACCCUGGUGGGGUCAAUAGUUCCAGGUCAUGGUUUACAUACGAAGAGCUAAUCCAGGCAACAGAUGGAUUUUCGGAACGUAAUCUUUUGGGUGAAGGUGGAUUUGGUUGUGUAUACAAAGGUAUCCUUACAGAUGGUAGAGAAGUGGCUGUAAAGCAGCUAAAAAUUGGUGGUGGGCAGGGAGAGCGGGAGUUCAGAGCAGAAGUUGAGAUCAUUAGCCGAGUACAUCAUCGCCAUUUGGUUUCACUCGUGGGGUACUGUAUAUCUGAGCAUCAAAGAUUGCUUGUCUAUGAUUAUGUCCCAAACAAUACCCUUCAUUACCAUCUCCAUGGUAGAGGCAGGCCGGUUAUGGAUUGGGCUCUUCGAGUCAAGGUUGCUGCCGGAGCUGCUCGCGGGAUAGCUUACCUCCAUGAAGACUGUCAUCCUCGCAUCAUUCAUAGGGACAUCAAGUCAUCAAAUAUUCUUCUUGACAGGAAUUUUGAGGCUCAGGUUUCGGAUUUUGGGCUUGCAAAAUUAGCAUUGGAUUCAAAUACCCAUGUAACCACACGUGUGAUGGGAACCUUUGGAUAUAUGGCUCCAGAGUAUGCAACAAGUGGCAAGUUAACUGAAAAAUCCGAUGUUUAUUCCUUUGGUGUUGUUCUCUUGGAGUUAAUUACCGGGCGCAAACCUGUUGAUGAUUCUCAGCCGUUAGGUGACGAGAGCCUGGUUGAAUGGGCUCGACCUUUGCUUGCUGAAGCAAUUGAACAUCAAGACUUUGAUAUGUUGGUGGAUCCGAGGCUGGAAAAGAACUACAUGGGUCAUGAAAUGUUUCGAAUGAUUGAGGCAGCUGCUGCUUGUGUGCGACAUUCAGCUGCUAAAAGGCCUAGAAUGAGUCAGGUGGUGAGAGCUCUAGACUCACUGGACGAGUCAUCGGAUCUCACAAACGGAAUGAAACCUGGCCAAAGUGAAGUCUACGAUUCAGCACAGCAAUCUGCACAAAUCAGAAUGUUCCAAAGGCUAGCAUUUGGCAGUCAAGACUACAGUUCGAGUUUCUUUAAUCACUCUCAAAGCAGUUGGAGGAGUCGAGACGAUGGUAGUCAAGGUAGCUGGAAGAGUCGAGAUAAUGGGAAUCCAAGUGGCGGCUGGAGUCGAGAACAAAGGGAUAGAGAUUACAGGAAUCCGAGCGGUGGCUGGAGUCGAGAACAAAGGGAUAGAGAGUAUGGGAAUCCGAGCGGUCGCUGGGGCCAAGAGCGAAGGGAUCGGAUGUCUUGAAUGCACCUCUAAUGUAAAGCAAAUCGGAUGAGUUUUCAAUGCUUUACCAUUACAUGAGAGAGUUUAAAGGGGGAUGUCUUGACUCUAAAUUUUGGAUAAGAUUCAUUGAUUAUGAUCAUUGGAUCAGAUCAUUUGAUGUGUAAUAUUGUUAAUUUUUAACCCUUUUUUUUCCCUUUUUUCCUUCAUUAUUUUUUAAUGAAAAAGCUUAUAUUUUUCCCUGUAAGAAUGCAUUUAUUUUCUAUGUUUUAGAACUAUUCAUAUAUAAUUCUCCUUGUAUUUAUAUUUAUUAACAAUUCAAUAUAAGUUUCUUUUAUUGGAAUGUAAA